AUGAAAGAAGAUAAAAAUUAAAGUUAAUACCAUUCAUCCUUAAGUAUUUUCAAUUGUAGGUAAGCCCAUAGUAUUUAUGGUACUUAAUCAAAAAGGAGUUUUAUUUAUUAAGGCAAAUUGGUGUUAAGAGAAGGGAUCAUGAUAAAUAUAAGAUCCUAAUAUAGUCCUACAAAGAUGAUGACAAUUUACCUGAAUCAUUAUAUGGUAGAAUCAAAUUUAAUAAUUUAACCAUCAAGGUUUUGGGAUGUAAAAAAUUGA